AUGUCGCGCACGCUCCAAGUCCUUUUGGUCGUCAUGGUCGCUCUGCUGGCAAGCUGCAACGCUGACAUCGCCACCAAGAACCAGUUCACCAUCGCCACGACCAACGCUGCUGCCACGACCAAGGCGCUCCAGAAGUUCUUCGCCGAGGACAGCAAGCAGAACAAGAAGAACGGCUACCUCAUGGUCCUGAGCGGCUCCGCGGCUGCGGACGAAGAGCGCGUCAGUGCGGGUGCCAUCGCGGCCGCUGAGGGCGCUCGUGCUGGCGCUGGAACCACCGUGGUCUCGAGCACCUCUGGAACGACCAAGACUGUUACGGUGACCAUCUACAACAACAACGGCCUGUGGCAGCGCUUCCAGCGCUGGUGGAACAGCCUGUUCGCCCGCCGCCGCCUUCGCCAUGCCAGCAACUGA